GUACUUUUACCACGUGCGAAAGGCAUUAUAAAUGGAAGCCCCCCCUAGCACUGUUUAUUGGUGAAGAACCAAGAUUGGCCAGGCAAGUUUCUCCAGUUUAAUGGGGGUUAAUUAACCCUUUUCUCUACUCUCUCUCUCUCUCUCUCUCUCUACUUUCUCUCUCUAACAUUCAAAUUUAUACACAUUUUUAUGAUAUGUAGGCGCACUGUGUCCGCAUAAUAUACAGACAGGGGCAGAUAUACAUACACACACACACACAAAUACAUACAUACAGGGCAAGGCAGGGGGAGACUGUAAUAAGAAUCAAGAUUCUUCUUUUAUUACAAGUUGUCACCUACAAUUGGAGAUAAAAGACAAAUAUAUAUAUAUAUAUAUAUAUAUAUAUAUAUAAAGACCAAAGCUCUGGGCAGAGAAGAGGGCCGGAGAAUAAAAAAAGAAAAAAGAAAAAAUGGAGAGAGAAAGUAGUGAAGGAAAGGCAUCAUCAAAAUUCAAGAGGAUUUGUGUUUUUUGCGGCAGCAGCCAUGGCAAGAAGACCAGCUAUCAAGAUGCCGCCAUUGAACUCGGCAAAGUCUUGGUUUCAAGGAACAUUGAUUUGGUCUAUGGAGGAGGUAGCAUAGGCUUGAUGGGUUUGGUUUCUCAAGCUGUUCAUGAUGGCGGUCGGCAUGUUAUGGGAGUGAUUCCCAAGACACUCAUGCCUCAAGAGUUAACUGGACAAACAGUAGGGGAAGUGAAAGCAGUAGCAGGUAUGCACCAAAGGAAAGCAGAGAUGGCUAAGCAUUCUGAUGCAUUUAUUGCCUUACCAGGUGGUUAUGGAACUUUGGAGGAGUUGCUUGAAGUGAUAACUUGGGCUCAACUCGGCAUCCAUGAUAAGCCGGUUGGAUUGUUGAAUGUGGAUGACUAUUACAACUCGUUACUGUCCUUCAUCGACAAAGCCGUGGAGGAAGGGUUCAUUAGUCCGAACGCUCGCCACAUCAUCGUAUCUGCACCAACUGCAAAGGAGCUCGUCAAGAAACUCGAGGAAUACACACCGCGCCACGAAAGAGUUGCUUCGAAACUGAGCUGGGAGACUGAGCAGUUGGAUUACUCACAAGAAUACGAUAUAUCCAGGUGAAAAUUCCGAUUUCACUCCAUAGAAGAAGAAGAAGAAAACGAAGAAGGGUUCAUUAGGGUUUAUGGAAAUUAUUGAGCAAUGAAGAAAGCUAACUUGGAAUAUUUUUAGAUUAUUAUUGUUGCAGAGGGAAAAUCUUUUUGUAAAUCUUUUAUCUGGGAUUCACUCUUAAUACCUACCUUCUUAUUUGUUCCCCUGCA